UAAUUUUUGCUAUUUUAAUUUCCCCUCAUUCAAACUCUUUCAUCUAAAUAAAUUGUCUCAGAAAUUAAACCUUGGUUAAACUAUUAGUUGAGGGAUAUUUAUGAUUAACUUGAAUUUAAAGAAACCGCGACAAUUUUACUCACUAUAACCGCUCUAUUGUCAGCUUUUUAGUUAGUUUUUGCAUGGUAAAUAGACCCAGUUGGAAGAUUGGAUUUUAAUUUGAUUGUGGCAAUAUGAGUUCUCCGAACGCUGAUUUAAUAAGUAUUUAUGAAAAGAACAAGGCUUCUUCAUCUUCGCCAGCCUUAGCAACAUGUAAAGCUUUAAUGGACAUUUUGGAAACUGAUAAUUCUGCAACUUAUGCAGAGUUUGUCGCAAAAUUACAAAAAGUUAUCGAGACAUUUGAGUCCAUAGAGCCAUUGAUUGAAGUCCAAUCAAUUUCAGAGAUAUUCUUACGCUUUAUAACAUUAACUGCAUCCGAAUAUCAGUCUAUCGACGAAAUGAGAAAAGCCCUUAAAUUACGUGGUAAUUUGUUUUUGGAUAAGGUUGUAAACUGUACACAAAAGAUUGUUAAAUAUGGGCAUCCAUUUAUUUACGAAGGAUCUAAUAUAUUGGUUCACUCUUAUUCACCAGUUGUUUUAGAGACUUUUUUGUUUGUUAAAAAACUUGGGAAACGUUUUUGUGUGUAUGUUACUAAAUCUGCACCUGACAACAGUGGGGAAAUAAUGUAUAAUAAAUUGAAAGCUCAUGGAAUCCAAUGUUCACUAAUACUUGACGCUGCCAUUGGACAUUUUAUUGAAAAGGUUGACAUGGUUAUGGUCGGUGCUGAUGGUGUUGUUGAGAAUGGAGGUAUAAUCAAUAAAAUAGGAACUUAUCCUUUAGCAUUAUGUGCUAAAGCUUUCAACAAACCUCUUUAUGUGUUGGCUGAAAGUUACAAAUUUAUUCGUCAUUAUCCAUUAAAUCAAGCAGACAUACCACAACCUAUUCGAGGAUCAGACAAAAGGAUUCGAAGGAAAAGCGGCACAGUCGACGAGUCUGGUCCAUUAGUUGACUAUACUCCACCCAAUUAUAUUACCCUUUUGCACACUGACUUGGGUACUUUAACUACUGCCGCUGUUAGUGAUGUUCUUAUACAACUUUAUUUAUGAUAAUUAAUCAAAUGUACAGCUGUAUUUUGAUAAAGGAUAAAAAGAAUGUUCUGUUUUGGCUUCUGUAUUCUAAUAUUAUAUUUACCUUUCAUCAUAAAAGUUUUAUGAUAAAACUCAAGCUCAUUUUUUCUUAGAAAGCUAAGGUUACCCACCAAACAACUUUGAUCUGAGAAAAGGUGAAACCAUAAUCAAAACUCAUACUGUUUUAACAGAAUAUGAUUAAACCAUAAAUUUCAAUGAAUA